UGUGUAUGAUAUCUCUGUGCCGGUGAUGAGGAUCAGUCCGCGCGGGAUCCUGAACGGCUGCGCUGUUUGCUCGCUCUUACUCGGAGGAUUCUUAGGAAGGAUGUCAUCGUCUGUGUCUGGGAUUCAGGACAGGAGUGUGAUCUGGGAGACGUCGGAGCUGUCUGCGUAUCUGCACUCCUCCCCGUGGACUCCAGGUGUCGCUGUCGUCACCCAUAAGAGCUUCAGCAGCUCCUCCAGCCUCUUCCACUUACCUGAGGAUGCAUACCUGCAUCUGCUCCUGGGCGCCAGGUCAGUGGCACAGCUGCUGUGUGAGAGUCUGGCGGCGCAGCGCUGCGCUUUGGUCUAUACUCCACACAAACUGGCCGGAGCUGAGCUCCACGUGGUGCCUCUCCACGGCCUGCACUCGGAGUGGAAAGCUCACCUCGCUGCGGAUGAGGAUUUCCAGGCGUAUGAUCCCGGAUACAUCAGCUCCAAGAGCGGGCCGCGUUGGACGGAUGAGGAUCUAGACGCCAUCAGGGACAAAAUCCGGGCUCGGCUGCCAAACCCGAAUGCGGCACCCAACUACACCUUUCUGGGUGAUUCAUCCGAUCCCGGUCUGUUCCCACGCAUCGUACGUGGAGAAAAGAAGCAGUGGAGAGUUUGGGAAGACAAAGAGCAUGUGGCGUUCCUCACGCCGUUCCCCAACACGCCCGGACUGACCGUUCUGGUCCCGCGGAAGCCCCUCUCCAGUGACAUCUUCCGGCUGGAGGAGGAUGACUAUCGGCGUCUGGCGCUGGCUUCCCGGAAGGUGUCCGGGCUUCUGGAGGCGGGGCUAGGCGCCUGGGGGGUGGGGCUUAUUUUUGAGGGCUUUGAGAUUGAUUACGCUCAUGCUAAGCUGAUUCCUCUCGUCUCUUCACCUGAUGAAGCGGAGAUGAGCCUCAGCUGUCCGGUUCCGGAGUUCUUUGACCACUAUCCGGGUUACGUGACGUCCGUCAGCGGUCCUCCAGCCAGCAGGGAGAGUCUCCAGCAGAUCUGUGCCAGAGUUACCCAGCGCUAACCAGGGUUGCAAAAAGGUGGUACAUUUCCAGUAAUUUUGGAAACUUUAAAGACAUUUUUUGAAAAUAUCAAGGAUUUUGAGAAAGUUUACGGAAAUUUACCAGAGAUAGUACACCCCUUUGCAAUCCUAGCACCAACCGCUUUCUGCCAAUUUAAUCAGCAAUGUUUAGAGUAAUGGCAGAAAUAACUAGAGGUUUACAGAUAUAUUGUCAUCAGCUGAUGUGGUCGAGAUGGGACUUUUAUUUUGACAGCACUGAGAACGACAGCACCUGAUCUCACACACUGCAAGAAAUUAUUUUUUCCUUUAGUAUGUUUGUUUUGUUUUCCAGUAGGGCUGCAACUAACAAUUAUUUUGAUAAUCGAAUAGUUGGCUGAUUAUUGUUUCGAUUAAACGGAUAAAUAAAAAAAAUAAAAAAAUUU